GUAUGCAGCGGCCAAAAAGGAUGCCAAGGGUAAACUUAGCAUCACGACGUUCGUGACGAAGGACUUCUUCUGGAGGAUGGCAGGGAAGGAUGAAGAGUGCGCCAAGGCGUGGUGUGUGGAGAUGGCGGAGGCUGAGCAGAAGAGACAGGAGGAGGAGAAGGCAGCGGCGGCGGAGGGGCCAAAGAAGGGCAGCGACGUGACCAGCCGUUUGACGGACACCAGCAAGUACACGGGUUCCCACAAGGAGAGGUUCGAUACUGAGGGUAAAGGCAAGGGGAUAGCAGGAAGGAAAUAUCUCCACAAGAACGACGGCUAUGUUGGAGAAUACAAGGGAGAUGGGUCAUUUGAAAAAGGGAAGAAGGAUAAAGGGUCAAGCAAUGCCGCUGAUGAUAUCACAAAACGACUGACGGACACCAAAUUGUACUCCGCCACCCACAAGCAGAGGUUCGAUGAGGACGGGAAAGGGAAGGGAACGGCAGGACGUAAAGAAAAAGACCCCGAGGAGUACAGCGGCUACGUCGGCAACUACAAGGGAGAAGGGACCUUCGACAAGAAGUAGAUCAUCGUCGACAUUUUUCAUCGUAGAUACAGCCAUUUCUCCAGUGGCCUCGAGGACGGAAGGGAACAGAGCUCCCAUGUGACCAAAGUUUGGCAGCUUAUCAUGGAACCACACAGCCUUCUGUGUUGAAUUAAUUUUGAAAAAUUACAGACCAUAUUUGGUCACCACCUUGGAUUUCAAAUUAGCGAUUUCCUUUUUACCUAUUCAUUAAUAUUUAUAAUGUAAUUUGUGUGCGCAAAUGGCAUAUGCUUUAUUUCAACGUCAUAUGGUAAAAAGGCUCUCAUGUGAGAGGUACAGAUGAAUUCGUUUCUAAUUCCGUUCCAUCUAACAUAGCAUGUGAUCUAAUACCCGGUUUGUUGAGUUAAUUAUUAAGCCAAAUUAUAUGUUUCGGUAAAACAGUUAUAUCAUGGAGAGCUAUAGGAUUCAUGGUCAUUUGACAAACAAUUGGCAUGUGAUUGCAGCUACACUUGUUGACUUCUCAACAACGUUGGAAUUUUUCCAAAUUACAUGGUCACAGUUACGUGUAAAACGUGCUUCUUCCCAUGUUUCUUUGCUGGGUUAUACUACUCAAAGAAGUUAAGGAACAUCCGAUUUCGUUAACAUGACCAAAUAAUCUGCCAUGACAACAAGGUGUUGCAACACCCGCUUCCAAUUGUGACAGUUCCUUAACUUGUUUUGAGUCGUAUAUAUUAGAUUGGAUUACUGACAGGGUCACGUUCCUGUUGUCUAUUUAGUUUGGUGCAUAUCUUGUGGAAAGACCCAUACCUGUUUCUAGAAUAUGUGUUUGUAGCAGAAAUAUUUGACAAUUGGCCAUUUUUAGCAGGAUUUCGAAAGUCCAUCUCUUCCAUAGACCAGUUUUCUUGAGGACCCAUAGAAGUGCCUGUUGAACAUUCCUAACUCAUUUUACGAAUAUUUUCUUAAAUCAUCGCUCUUGGUCAUACGCCUAUUUAUUUACAAGGUUAAUGAUAUACGACAUACCUCCUAUUACAUAACUAUUUUAUGAGUUACCUUAUAUUGUGCCUAAAUUGUGCGUCUUCUAUUGUCAAGUGUCGUGUGUGAUACAUCCCUGUUAUACUCUUUAAAAAAAGUAGGGGAACUUCAUUUUUAAUUUAUGAUUGACAAAAUUGGGAGAUAUAUCGGAGUCAAUCAAUGUUGAUAAUUAAUAAUUAAUGUU